AUGGCUAGUAUUUUCAAAAAAGUCAUUCUGCCAAUAUUUGGUAUUGAUGAAAAUCAAGAAUUAAUUCGUAAAGAUAUCGAUAGCAUAACUGAUGAAGAUUAUCAAAACUCUAUUGGUGCUCCAGUUGAAACUCAAAAUCCAUUAGGAUAUAAUUUAGAUUAUGUUUCUGCUUUUUAUAUGGUUAUUCAAGGGAUUAUAGGUACUGGUAUCUUUUUAACUCCUGCUUCAGUUUUAAAUUCGAUUGGUUCGGUUGGUGCAAGUUAUGUAUUAUGGGUUGCAGGAUUUUUCAUUGCGCUUUUCGAAGUGCUUGUUUACGUUGAAUUUUCAACUUAUUAUAAAAAGAGAUCAGGUGGUGAUGUAGCUUAUUUAGAACAAGCUUAUCCUAAACCUGAUUUCUUAGUUCCAACCACUUAUGCUGCUGUUUCAGUUGUGUUAUCAUUUUCAGUUUCAUCAGCUAUUGCCUUUGGUACUUUUGUUUUAACUGCUUCUGGUACUGAAAUUACUACAUGGAAGGAAAGAGGUGUUGGUGUUGCCAUUUUAACUUUUGCUGCUUUGAUUACUGUUUAUAAUUCUAAAUGGUCAUUAAAAUUAGCCAAUCUUUUAGGAUUUAUUAAAAUGAUUUCAAUUGCUUUUAUUAUCAUUACUGGUUUUGUGGUCUUAGGUGGAGGUACUAGAGUUAAAAACCCUCAUAAUGUAUUUAAAGAUGCAUGGAAGGGAUCAACUAGUAAUGGUAAUGGUAUUGCCAAUGCUAUUAUUAAUGUUUCAUUUUCAUAUUCUGGUACUCAAUAUGUAUUUAGAAUGGUUGGAGAAACCAAUCCAAAAAAGACUAAGAAUUUAUAUAGAUAUUUUAUUCCAGGAGUUGUGAUUUCAAUUUUUUUCAUUUAUAUUUUAUUAAUCACUGUAUUUUAUGCUGGUGGUGGUACAACUGUUGAAGAAGUUAAAGCUGCUGGUGAAUUAUUGGCAUCUCAUUUCUUUGAGAAUGUAUUUGGAUCGAAAGCUGCUACUAAGGCUUUAGAUAGUUUAAUUGCUUUAAGUGCUUUAGGUCAUUUAUUAACUGUGUUUGUGGCUACUUCCAGAACAUUAAGAGAAUGUGGUAGACAAGGUGUUUUACCAUAUCCAAGAGCUUGGACUUCAACUAAACCAUUUGGUACUCCUGUAUUAGGAGUUUUCAUUACUUGGGUGGUUAAUUUAAUUGUGUUAUUAGCUCCACCAGCUGGUGAUGCUUAUAAUUUGGUGGUUUCUAUUGGAUCAUAUUCGGGAUAUUUCUUUAAGAUUUUAUUAGCAGUUGGAUUAUUAUUAGUUAGAAGACAAAGAAAACAACAAGGAUUAGGAUAUCAAGGGUUUAAAUGUCCAUUAAUUUUCAUUAUUAUUACCUUAGUUUUCUACUUGUUUGUGAUUGCUAUGUCAUUUGUUCCUCCAAAUAAUGGUAGUUUAAUUGGAUCUGACGUUACAUUCUUUUAUGCCACUUAUUGUUUUGUUACUAUUGGACUUUUAGCAUUAUGUGUAUUUUAUUAUUAUGUUUGGGCCAAGAUUUUACCAAGCUUUGGAGGAUAUGUUCAUAGAACCGUUUAUUAUAUUUUACCAAAUGGUGAAAGGGGACAUACUGUUGUUCAAGUUAAAAAAGAUGAAGUUGAAAAGUUUGAUAAGGAACAUGAUUCAUUAGGUAGAUUAUUAGUUGAUGAUGAUAGUGAAAACAAUGCUACUUCAUCCAUAGAACAAGUAGCUUUUACUGUUGAUUCAGAAAAGAAAGCAUAA